UUUCCUCGCUGCUCACCAGAAGUUUCAUGCAACAUUCAAUCGGGCGGUGCGGGUCAGGUGAGAGGCUGCCUCCGCAGUCCUGGCGCCUCCAACCUCGCUGCUCCCUGAACGGCCGAGGGGGGCUUCGCGGCCGCGGAGCAGGAGGAGGAGUUGGAAGAGAUCAGGGGACGCCUGCUAAAACAGCUGCAGGACAUCUUGUAGGACCCCAGCAGCACCAGGAGCAUCCCUAUGCCAUUUUGCAGCCCUCCAGAGGGAUGUCCCAGUCACACCUUCUCAGAAUCCUGCUGGUACUGGUGCUGUGCCUUCAGGGAGCCUCUUCCCAGAUUAUGGAAUAUGUAUAUGAAUACGUAUAUGAAAGUUGGAAGGCCUACAGUGAAGAGUGUCAUCGCAACAUGAGCCUUUGGCCACCACCUACUGAGCUGGUUUGUAACCGAACUUUUGAUAAAUAUUCAUGCUGGCCUGAUGCACAGCUCAACAGCACAAUCAGUGUUUCCUGUCCCUGGUUCCUGCCCUGGUAUGACCAAGUGAAGCAUGGCUAUGUAUUCAAGAAAUGUGGUCCGGAUGGACAAUGGGUGACUGGUCCUGGAGGAAAGUCACUGCGUGAUGCUGAUCAAUGUGUGAUAGACAACAAGAAAGACCAGGAGUGGUUUGAUAGAAUCUAUGGAAGCUUCAGAGUGAUGUACACGGUGGGCUACUCAGUGUCCCUCUGUGCCCUGCUGCUGGCCUUGGCUGUGUUGCUAGGCUUCAGCAAGCUGCACUGCAUGCGCAACUACAUCCACAUGAACCUCUUCGCCUCCUUCAUCCUGAAGGGCAUCUCAGUGCUCAUCAUCGACACACUGCUCAACACUCGCUACAGUGAGAAGAUCGAUGACUACAACGUGAGCCUCUGGCAGAAUGACAAGGCAGCAGCAGGGUGCCAGGCAGCCACCGUGUUCAUGCAGUACGGUAUUGUGGCCAACUACUGCUGGCUGCUGGUCGAGGGGAUCUAUCUGUACAACUUGCUGGUGUUGACUGUCUUCUCUGAACGCAGCUACUUCACCCUCUAUCUCUGCAUCGGCUGGGGGGCCCCAGUCCUCUUCAUUGUGCCAUGGGUGGUGGUGAAAUUUCUUUAUGAAAAUAUUCAUUGUUGGAGUACAAAUCAUAAUAUGGGCUUCUGGUGGAUCCUGCGUUUCCCUGUGUUCCUAGCCAUCUUGAUCAAUUUCUUCAUUUUCAUCCGUAUAAUUCAGAUCUUGGUCUCUAAGCUCCGUGCCCACCAGAUGCGAUACACAGACUACAAGUUUCGGCUGGCGAAGUCAACCCUGACUCUUAUUCCCUUGCUGGGCAUCCAUGAGAUGGUUUUUGCCUUUGUUAUUGAUGAGCAAGCCCAGGGCACACUGCGCUAUGUCAAGCUGUUCUUUGACCUCUUUCUUGGCUCUUUUCAGGGAAUGCUGGUGGCCAUUCUCUACUGCUUUGUGAACAAAGAGGUACAGUCGGAACUCACAAAGAAAUGGACACGCUGGAAACUUGGCCGGGACAUAGAAGAAGAGUACAAACAUACAUACAGCAACACCCCCAAUGCCCGUAACGGGAGGAGCAGCACCAGCAAGAAGCACAAACUGGUUGGCAACUACCUCAAUGGUCUGAGCUGCAGCCAAGCAACUGUACAUACUAGCACACAGUAUCUGGAGCGGACCGGCUGCAGCAUCAGUGAAAAUCUGGCUGUGAAUGAACAACCUCCUUGCUAUGAAUUCCUUGACAUGGUGGCAGAGAGCAACUUCUGAAGCACUUCAUCCCAUUGCCUCCCGCAGAUGGGACCCCUUGAUUCUUUUCCCAUAAGACAGCCAUACUGCAGAGCAAGGAUGGCAGCUGAAAGCCCAGGAGACACUGAGGGGGACAUGUGACUGGAAACUGACCAAUGUCUGGCUGUCUGAACUGAUAGGUCAGCGCCUGAUUUUAUUCUCUCUGAGAUAGAUAGGCACAUCCUGGUGAGACUCCUGUCCUCCUGCUUGCCUGCAUUCAUAGUAUUCCAUGGGAGAACUCCACUGUAGGUGAGCAGAAAGGAACAAGUCAGUGAUAGCCCAGUUAUGGGUCUAGGAGAGGUACAGGCUAAAAGUUGGAGAUGACAUAAAGUGGAUUUUGGAUGGAAAGAGAAUCUCUGCUAUGGCUAGGAGGUCUGAAAGUCUAGAGUUUAGAGAUUGUGCAUUGAUUAGUGCUGAUCAAACUGAGAAUCUCAGAAACCUUUCUGGCCCUUGUUUUAUAAAGAACAAGCUGAAAAUGCGUCAGCAAUAUUUGCUAAAAGGUAAAGCAAACAAAUGGUGCAGAAGGGGCUGUGCAAUUUUUUUUAAAUCAGUCAUAAGGGAGUAUAUAUUCAGACUUACUGCUAUUCCCUAACAUGCUAUAUCCUGAUGGAAAAUUCUGCCAAAAAGGUCCCAAAACCAAGUCAACAGCAAAACGUGCAAAGUUAUAUAAUUGUUCAGUAUAGCUAAAUAUUUUAUUUCCAAGUUUAGUAAUUGCAGAAUUUGGGCUGUUUGAGCACAAGCUUUCCAGAUUCCUCCUUCACAUUUUGCCUCUGGAGUAGUAAUACCUUAGUAAUAAUGGCCAUGCUUCUUGAAGGAAGUGUGGUCUACAACAGGGGUGGUGACUGUUUGGAGAGUUGGGGGCAUAACUUGUCCUCCUGACCAUCUGGGUGGCUGCAGGAAGCCACUUAGUAAUGCCGUGAUGUCCCUCUUGCCUGGAGGGUAGAAAUGAGAGCUAGAGGACUCUGGGCAGCAAAAUGCUCUCAUCCUACACUUAACCACAACCACAAUCCAAAACAGUCUGAAAAUAAAUAGGCAAACACUGGCCGUGUUGCUGCUGUGAACUGCCCGCCCUGGGUUAUCAGGUAACUCACAAAUUGUUUUGUGGUAGGUGGCAGUGUAGUACCAAAAGUGCUGCCUGCAAAGCUCAAUUAUGCAGCCGUAGUAAUGCUCACUCAGGUGUGAAGAUGUUAUUGACAUUGUGCCAUUGCGUCUGUGCUGUGGAAGCACUUGCUCCUUUUGUUCCCAUGAUGACUCUGUCCUGAGUGAUUCUGUAAAUCGAUUUUUGCUGAGGGCUGCCUCUGUGUCUGUGAUGUCAGUGCCAAUGUUCCGGGGAUCAAAACCCCAAUAAACGGUGUUAUGUGUCUUG